UAACAACCACACUGGAGUACUUGGGCAUAUCGCUUCAGUCCUCCACCAUGUCCGACGGAGGGGAUCCGUCGUAUAUCGACUAUGAAGCGUUUCUGGACCCGGACUUCUCCGCCACAUCCUUUGCGAACACGCUCGUGCUUGCGACCAACAAUCCUUCUGACACCCCGCUAGACCUUUCGACACCCCUCUCACGCGUCCUGUUCGAUGUGCAAGAGAUUGAUACGCAUAUCGACACUCUCACUACCAAAUCAGCUCUUCCGCUGCUGGAAUAUACCAAGAACAAUGCCGAGUCCAGCGGGACAAUCCUCAAGGACGUCGAGGGGCAGGUCGCUACCCUGACCGAAUCAUACAAAACUUUGGAGAAAGAGGUCAUUGAGCGAUAUGAAGUCGCAGAACAAGUUCGCUUGACUGCUGAGAGGCUAGUCCAUACAGUCAAGAUUGGUAGAGCAGUUGCAAGAUGCUUGGCACUUGGAAGGCAGUUGGAAGUGCGCAUGUCCGAGCUGGGAGGUGUUGGCAGUGCGAAGAAAGAGGACCAUAGGGCUAUGGUUCGGUCUGCGGAUACAAUCCUGUCACUGCGCCAGAUGUUCAUGGCUACUAGACCUGGCGAGGAAGGAGAAGGGUUGGACAAGGUCAAUGCCGUCAACACGCUGAAGAACGAGUUGGUUGCUCCUGGAGAGCGGAGCAUUUCGUCGAGAGCGCAGCAGGUGGUCAAGGAGUUCUCCAUGUCUUCGCUCCUUUCGUCCUCUGGACAGUCUUCCGCCUCUACAUUUGCACAAACCGAAGACACAAAGGCGAGGACCACCUCAGCAUUGCAGACCCUUUAUCUAUUAUCGCCCUCAUCGGCCAGCACAACAAUUUCUUCCUUCGAGCCUACCCUGAUGUUGAGUGCUUUGCAAGACUACCUCCAGACUCAAUUGAAGGCUUCCAUAGCAUCGCUGGCAAGAGCACUCGCAACUCUCCCUACAUUGGACCGGACAAUGCUCGAGAUUUCGGCUCGCUGCCAGAAUAUUGUAGCGCUUGAAACAUUGCUGGCAGGCAUCAAACGCCCAUCGCAUCCGCUACUGCAAGCAGACGAAGCUUCAGAGGGGGUAUCUCCGAACUUCCUGCAAUCCCUUCUGCAAGCACUGGACACGUCUUCGCUCGCGUCAUAUUUUUGGAGGACCUUUGCCUCGAAUAUGGCGCCCAGGGUUCAAGAAAUCAUGCAGCGCGGGGGGGUAUCCGCAAGGACCCUGCGCUCAAACAAGGAUAGGGUCCGUGAUCUUAUCCGAGAGUGCGUCAAUCGUGGAUCACAGCUGCCGGGUGCAUCGUCGGGCAAGGGCAGGGGCAAGGGGGUUAUUGCGGGGAGCUGGGAACGUGAGGCUGCUGUCAUGGUCGGAGCCAUUGUAGGCCAAAUAAGAUAG